UCAGCCUACAUGCAGCAGCGUUUCACAAACCAAGCACAAUCCUCCAUCAGUCUUCUCGGUGACGUUGACGGUAUAGACUCCCUCGCCAACGACCUUCAACAGAUCCAGGAGACCGGCAGGGUCGCGAGCGUUGGCCUUCGAUCAUCCCUCAACCCACGCAUCCAAUUUCUCCGCCUUUCCUCCAUCGUUCGAGGGCGCGUCGGUGUUCUAGGAGCUACUCCCCCAUACCAGCCUGCAGCGCCAUCUCUCUAUCGCCCGCUCAGUCUUGAUCAGGAUUUUGAAGAUCCUGUUCCGACGGGGCCGCGAACAGCUUCUCCUUUGCGCAACAUCGCCUGCUCAGUCUUGCCCAUCCCUCGGUCAUAUGACUCAUCUCCACAUUUCGCCAUAAAAUAUUCCACCAACUCAGACUCAGUGCCCAAGCCAGCCACGGCAAAAAUGCCACAAACCGGCUUCCAGGCAUUGAUCCUAUGUGGACCUGGAAUUGGCCUCAGCUCUUUCACUAGCGUACCGGCCGAAUUUCCCAAGGCUCUCGUCGAGGUUGCCAAUCGACCCAUCAUCUGGUAUGUCUUGGAUUGGUGUUAUCGAAUGGGAGUGACCGACAUCACUCUCAUUACUCCUCCAACUGCCAAAGACCCCAUAGCCGCAGCCCUGGCGCAAAACCCCUACCUCACAUCACUUCCUUCUCCGUCUCCCGAUCUUCUCGCCCCUAAAGAGCUCGAGUUCGAAACAGCGACAGCCCAACUACUGAGGCUGCCAGAAGUCCAAGCAGCCAUCAAAUCAGACUUCCUGCUGUUACCAUGUGAUCUUGUCUGCGACAUUCCGGGAGAGUCAUUUCUGGAAACCUACUUGACCCGGCUUGACGCCCUUGGUGGCCUUGGUCGUUCUAGUAAUUCCACCUUGGAUGCUCCACGUGGUGAACUUUCGUCGCAGGGAGCUGACCCUCGUGGCAGGCGAGGUGGCCUCUCAAUCUGGUACAAUACCGUGGACAGAGAAGAAAGCGUCAAAGGAGAAGAAUGUGAUUUCAUGUGCACAGCGAAGCUGGAUCCAACACACGAUCUUCCUCUUUCUAAGUCCCAAGCCGUCCCCAGACAAGGUGCGCUGAGAAAGCUGGUCUGGACAAUGCCAAUGUCUGAACUAUGGGAGCAGACAGAAAGAGACAAGUCAUGGAAGAUACGCCAUUCACUACUGAGGAGACACGGAGCCAUCAAAUGUCUGACAAAGUAUCGAGACUCUCACAUCUACUUCUUUCCCUUCUGGGUGAAAGAGUUUGCAAAGCUCAACGAGGACUUUGAAUCAGUUAGUGAGGACCUGGUCGGGACAUGGGCAAAGGCCGAAUGGCGCAAACCUGCCUACCGAGCAAGGGUUGGGGCUCGGAAACUGUUCGACAACGGAACAACUCAGGAAACUCUUAACCUUCAUGCUCACGAUCGGCCGGUCGAGGAAGACAUUGAUCUUUUGUCUCUCAGCAGCACACAGAUCUCUGACUACAAGCAGAAUGCGGAGCCUAUUCAACAACGAACCGCUCAUCUCGCAUCUCGUGUGCAUGCUGAUCCAGAGGACAGUAUUUUGUCACCAGACCAAGACGACCAACUAGAAAACGGCCCUAUCCCCGGUGUUCCACCCAUUCUUUCAUACAUUCUGCCCUCAGCACCUGACGCGCCCCUCGUGCGUCGGGUUGACAACACACCUCUCAUUCUCUCAGUGUCGAUGUCACUCGCUAAGAUUCCUUCAAUUGAAGAAUCCACUGCAGCGCGUUUGCCAGUUUCCCCUUUUGCGCACCAGGCAAAAGUUCAUCCCACGGUGACGGUCGCACCACGAGUGACAAUCUCCCGAGCCGACACUCUGAUCGAUAGCAAUAGCACUAUCGCGACUCAAUGCGUCAUCAAGUCCAGCGUUAUUGGGGCGUCUGUGGCCAUUGGCACGGGAACUCGGAUCACCGGAUGCGUCAUCAUGUCAGGUGCUACAAUCGGCGACAAGUGCGUCCUCACCAACAUGGUGGUGGGCAAGAAGGCCAAAAUCGGAAGCAAGUCAACAUUACAGAAUUGUGAAGUUCAAGACGGCAACGCAGUCGCUGAUGGGUCAGAAGGAAAGGGUGAGAAAUACCUGAUUGGCGGGUUGGAAGACGAAGUACACGAAGGCGAGGGUUUUGGAUAUGACGAUGAGGGUUCAGACGAUGGGAACGAUGCUUCCAGCGUAGACUAAUUUCGUGAAUGAAUGCUGGCAAGAGGUGGGAUCUCUUGCAUUGUACUAUCAAAUUCUAUACAAUAUAGAGAAUUCUUCACAGAUGGCAUGGGAUAUGGGAAAUGGAACUGAGGAUGGCAUGCUUAAAAUUCCUGGCACGUACAGUAAAUGACGUUAAAU